AUGGCUUUCAAAAGUUGCUUGAAUAACAAACAACUUGCUCGGGUAGCGACUAAAGGUGCUACUUGUAGUUUUUGUGGCCGAGAUGUUGAUGAUGAACACCUGUAUGGGAAAUUAUACGCUAUAGGGGAUAUACAAUGUCACUAUUUUUGCGCACUAUUAUCUAGUUGUUUAGUACAACAUGGCAAGGAAGAAGAAGGCUUAUUUGGUUUUCUGUACUCAGACAUAUUGGCAGAAAUUGAAAGAAGUAAGAAACACAGGUGUUCCUAUUGCAAUCACAGUGGUGCAACUCUGGGAUGUUUUGUGACGAAGUGUAAAAAGCAAUUCCAUUUGCCCUGUGGAAGGGAGAAGAAUGCGGUGUCUAUGUUCCAUGGAAAUUAUAAAUCUUAUUGUCAGCGGCACGCGCCAAAGCAGAAAAUUUCCGGUGAAAUAUUGGAUUGUGUCAAAAAGCGAAGACAAAAACUGGGACCUAAUCCAGCAAAUGCUACUUUAAGUAAUGAAGCUCAAGAGAUGGUGUGCGUAAUUUGCUAUGAAGCAGUGGACGCGUUCCCAACGAUUAAUACCUUUUGGCCGCCGUGCUGCGCAAGAGACGCUUGGCUGCAUAGAUCGUGUUUACAACGUAUGGCAUUAAAUGCAGGCGUUCACUACUUAAAAUGUCCACUGUGUAACGACAAAGAGCAAUUCUAUGAUGCACUUCUCUCGCAGGGCUUUUAUAUACCAGAUAGAGACGCUGCGUGGGAGUUGGAACAGAACGCGUUCGCUGAAAUAUACGAACGGCGCGUUGUGUGCAACAUUAAAGAAUGCAAAUGCCCUAGCGGAAUAGAUUACGAUGUGGAGGAAGGACCGUGGGACAUAAGGCUGUGUCUGCUCUGCGGAAGUGUCGGUGCGCAUGUCCUUUGCGCGGAAGUGGACGGAGAUAUCUAUGUCUGCAGUGUCUGUCAGCCGGCUGCGCCGAACGACCCGAAAUAUUUAGAAGCUAUUAAUGCGGUAACUCUCCCAGAACCAAAUCCAACCCCGAGACGGCCCAGUGGGCCAAUUAUGCCCUGCAGAAUGUCGAUCAGGCGGACGAAACCUAGACUGCAUAAGCAAAGUAAUACACCAUCAACCUCCUACGCAGCGAACGAAACUAUAAUGGAGGCUUUUAAAGAAGAACCUUCACAAUAUACAUUAGAUAGCCAACCAAAAUGUCCAACCUUCGUAACAGCACUAAAACAUUGCGACAGUCGUUUACUAUCGCCAAUCAAGCUGUUGGAGAGGCGAUUGAAUGAAAAGCUGCAAGAGCUAAAAGCGCUGGACACUUUUGAAUGGGACUCGAGCUGUGUGGUGGACCUAAUGCAAGACCAGAUAAAGAAGCCCAAACCGUUGUCUGUUAAGAGGAACAUUGUUAAUAAAAUCAUAGACAAUACAUUAGAAGACAUAAUAAAUAAGAUUCGCAACCAAGAACCUUGCAGUAAUUUGAAGACGCCCAAAAAUAUCUGUAUCGCUUCGGAACAAAUAGGCAAGGAAAAUGAAAUACCGGUCAUUGAAGAAAUACGGAGUAAAGUUAUCGAAGGCGUUUCAAGUGCUAAUGAUGUCAAAACUGAAAUUAUAGACUCGAACAUUUUAACAGAAGAAUUUUUAGACAAAAACCUACCAAUACAAAGUAUAGAUCAACCUAUAGUGAUGCAAAAGGAUUCGUCUAUGGAAAUAUCGGAGAGAGGUAUUGAUAUAAGUUCAGAGAAUAAGGAAAAAGUCUCACUGAAGUUUAGUCCCGAUAAGGAUGUUCUUUGUAUAAAAAACAUUGACAUGGACAUGGAAAGUUUCAAACAUCACUAUUUGAGUGAGGUCGAUCGAGAUUCUCGAAUUAAUAGAAUCGAAUCGAAUUUUGAUGCCGAUUCGAUUAACAAAGUCGAGAAAGUGAAGGAUAAAUUCAAAAAUAGAAUAAAGCGUUCGAGUACAGAUAAAGGUAAACUCCGAUCGAAUACAGAUACUGAAUCUAUAAUGGAGGUAGACUGCGAGACCAUUCUAGAGGAUGGUUCGAUUAAUCAAUCGAAUAUCAGAAAAUACAAAAGAAAAUCGAAUAAGAGAUUUCAUUCUGAGAAAAAACAUAACUCCAUAGCCGAUAAUGAAUCAAAUAAAAAAUACAAAAGUGAUACAAAUAAAAGUAUAGUUCUAAAUUUCGCCCCAGAUGGCGCUAGGGGAAAAAAGAAAAGGUGCAACAAUGAAGUGUCCAUUCGCAAUAAAAGCAUAGAAGUGAACAUUAAAUGGAAGAAAGAGAAACUCAAGUUGAAAAUAACUAACUCCAAGCGUAAGAAGCAGAACUACAGACAGUAUAUUUUCGAAAAAUACAAAAAUAACAUCGCCAUGUCUCCAGGUGAACUGCCACCGCAAAAACGGAAAUAUACGAAGAAUGUAACGGCUACGGAUAACCUCAAACAGACUUUGAUUGAUACCUUUUUCGUUAAUAAAAACGCCUGA